AUGGGAAUAUCUGAUUGUCUUCGCCCAAGGGCGAUUGUGCUUUCACUUUUGCUUCUUAGCUUACUCGCCCAUGAUGUGCUGGCCCGGCCGAGUCCCAAGGCGCCCUGGGUCCGUAAAGGGCCGGGGAGGAAAAAGAUGGCGAACAACAUCAAGCGCGCUAUCGAGGGUCAUCGACGGACAACAGAGGCGUCUUGCGCCGACACCUUGACCACCAGCAUCACAGCCCCAAAAAAGAAUGUAUGGGGCGAGCUAACUGAUGUGGAAACUGCUUCUGUCGUUCAGUGGCUUUUCGGACGGCAGGAUCUGAACCUGACGGUCAGCGAGAAUGCCACAGAAUGGGACAACACCAUACAGCUGGUUGAGGCAAUGUGGCCUAACAAGACUGACGCUCUUGCUUACCUGGACGGGGAUGCGACGGAACCAGCCAGAUACGCUCACGUCGUUCUCAACAACCGCGCAACCGAAGCUCCAUACUAUGCUGACAUCCUCGUGGGACCGCUGCCCAUUGACAAUGUCACCACAACGUGGGAGCCGCUCGAAUUUCCCUACACCAAGAAGAACGGCGGUCGCGUUCGCAAUCUGGAUGCCGACUCGGACACGCUAUACACUGAGUGGCUUUACAAGCUUGGCGAGUCCGUCGCAGACAUCACCCUGGACCUGUGGAAUGGCACUGCCAUGGGUUUGGACAAUGACACGCUCGACAUCUGGGGCAUCGACCCCUUGUGGCAGGAUGACGGGAAGAUCAUACGCUGGGACACCUUUUGGAACCGCCCAACAGACGACUUUGACGCCGAGACUCUGCUGCCUCUCGGCUUGUAUGUCAUGUCCGAUGUGACUGGCAGAGAUCCGAGCAAGUGGAAGCUGGAGGGUUGGCUCUACAACAACAUCUUUUAUGAGACUACUGAGGCCUUCCGGGAGGCCUAUUGGAGCGAGGGAUUUGAGAAGCAGGGUGCAAAUGUGGAAGGGGACUGGGCACGAACCGACCAGCAAGGCCCUGUCCAUCCGAUGGAUGCUGCAUAUCCCCCAACAGUAAUUGCUCCAGCCGGCUCGCGGUUUGCCGUUGACCCCCAGCAAAAGUACGUCGAGUGGAUGAACUACACCUUCUACAUUGGCUUCACCCGAGAUGCCGGUCUGGCUCUGUACGACAUCCGCUACAAAGGAGAGAGGGUGUUGUACGAGUUGAGCUUGCAGGAAGCUCUGGCGCACUAUGCAGGCAAUGAUCCCAUGAACUCGGGCGUGGCUUAUCUUGACACAUUUUACGGAUUUGGCCCCUACUCCUUCGAGCUAGUCAAGGGCUACGAUUGUCCUGCUUAUGCAACAUACCUCAACACAUCAUUCUACAUUGCCGAGACGACACACACUCACAUCGACAGUGUGUGUCUCUUCGAGUACGUAGCAGACUACCCCAUCCAGAGGCACAGCACGAGCAGCUAUAUCUCGGUCACCAAGAACAUCUACUUUGUGGUUCGCGCGGUCGCCACGGUGGGCAACUACGACUACACAUUCAGCUAUUCCUUCUUCCUCGAUGGAUCCAUUGCCGUAGAAGUCCGGGCCUCGGGAUACAUCCAGUCCGCUUACUUCGCACACAACCAAGAUUACGGCUUCCAGAUCCACGACUUCCUGAGUGGGAGCAUGCACGACCACGUCCUCAAUUUCAAGGCAGACUUUGACAUUCUCGGCACAAACAACUCGGUACAGCUGAUGAAGAUGGUGUCCACAUCCAAGACCUACCCCUGGUCCAAAGGCAAGGUCCGAAACACCAUGUCCCUGACACGCUCGUUCGUCGAGAGCGAGGACGAAGGACGGUUCAACUGGGGACCCAACUCCGACACGCAAGUCAUCGUGGUCAACGAGAACGCCACCAACAAGCACGGCGAGUACCGCGGGUACCGGGUACUCCCUUACACAGGCGCAGCCCAUCUGACCGUGCUCAACAGCACCAACCUGGCCAAGGCAGCACGCUGGGCCGGGCACGACGUGCAGAUCACGCGGCGCAAGGACACGGAGCCCAAGGGGGCGCACCCGUACAACAGCCAGGACGUGCACGACCCGCCCAUCGACUUUGACGCCUUCUUUGACGGCGAGAGCGUGCGUGACACCGACCUGGUGCUGUGGCUCAACCUGGGCAUGCACCAUGUUCCCCACUCGGGCGACCUGCCCAACACGGUCAUGACGACGGCCCACUCGGGCAUCCAAUUUAUGCCGAGCAACUAUUUUGAUAUGGAUGAGAGUCGUAGGACGGUCAACCAGGUGCGUAUUGGGUAUGAGGAUGGGAAGACGACCGAGGUGGAGAUGUUUGGGCAGUUUGGUGCUGCUGGUGUAGGGGGAGAGGGGACAUGUGAGAAGAAGUGUACCCCGGACUUCGUGCCUGUUGAUCCGGAUCUGGAGGGGUAUGUGGGUGAUAUUGUCGUGAGGAAGUUUCCGUUUGAUCCGAAUAACCCCUACUUUGAGGUCGAGUCGAUUGUGUGA